AUGCAGAGUCCACCACCUCUGUAUGAGCUGGCCAAGCAGAGCCUGCUGAAGAGUGACACCACAGCCAGCACUGCUCUGCAUGAACUGCCCACCAUGAUCUUCUAUGACUUGUUCAUGGAUGCCUUCAUGGGGGAACACAAUGAGGUCCUGAAGGUGAUGGUGCAGGCCUGGCCAUUCCCCUACCUACCGUUGAAGACCCUAAUGGAUCUGAGGAAACCCAAGAUGCCACACUCUCAGUUUGGAGAAAUCACACUGCAACAGAGAAACCUACAGACAUUAGAGGCUGUACUGGAUGGACUUGAUAUACAGCUGUCCCAGAAGGUUCACCACAGCAGGUGGAAACUGCAGGUGCUGGACUGGAGGGAUGUUCACCAGGACUUCUGGACUGCAGGGCCCAGGGCCAUGAGUGCUGCCCACUCAGUCAAUGCCUGGAAUAAGGACAUGAGCAAUCCUGGGUUAAGUGAGGAGAACCCAACCUUGAGAAUAUUCGCAAACCUUCGUUUUGAAGCCUGGGAUCUGUUUUGUGCCACCAAUGAUCAGUUACAGCUCUGCCUCUUGAAGUGGGCCCGGGGGAGAAAAGCUUCAGUGCACCUGUUCUGUGAGAAGGUGAUGAUCAACUCCAGUGCUGUCUUUGAAAUCCUGAAGCUUCUUCAAGCUGUGCGCCUGUAUUCAAUCCAUGAGCUGGAGGUGCUUAGUUACUGGUGUCCAGAAAGAAUGAAGGCAUUUGUUCCUCAGCUCAAGAAGAUGAAAAACCUUCACAAAUUUCACUUCAGCAGGUUGCGUCCAGAACUGUUUACUUCAACCAGGAAAAAGAAGUCUUAUUCCCACAUGUGCGCCUUUCACUUAGGACAGCUGAAAAAUCUCCGUGAUCUUCAGUUGGAUGAAGUCUUCUUCCUGCAGGGAAAUCUACAUAAGAUUGUCAGGAGCCAGACCCCCUUGGAGGUCCUCUCCUUGAGUUCAAGUCCACUGAAAGAAUCUGACCUGCACCAUCUGUCCCAGCGUGCAAGCACAAGCCAGCUCAAGUCCCUGAGUCUCCGGUGGAUUUCAAUGAAAUUAUUCAAUCCUGAGAUUCUCCAGGCUCUGAUAGACAAACUGGCCAGCACCCUGGAGACCCUUGUCCUAGAUCACUGUGACAUCACAGACUCCCAUCUCCUUGCCAUCUUGCCUGCCCUGAGCUGCUGCUCCCAGCUCAAGACUUUCAGUUGCUAUGGGAACCACUUCUCGCUGAGCAUCCUUCAGGUCCUACUGAACCUAAGUGCUGGACUGAGCCAGUUAACCCAGGGGCUGUAUCCUGCCCCCCUAGAGAGCUAUGAGUCCAAUAUUCCAACAAUGUUUGUGCACCCUGAGCUGUUUGACCUGGUUUGUGCUGAAUUGGAGGAGAUUCUGAAGGCCAUAAGACCAUCUCUUCAGGUUCAGAUCUGUACCCACUCCUGGGAGGGAAGGGACACAGUGCCCAAAUGCGACAGUUUUUCCUGUGGCCAUCAUCUUAUCAGGAUUCUGCAGAAGAGCAGAGUUCUGACAGCCAGCAGGGAUGCAGAUGGGAGCAACAAGCCUGGCUCCAUCACUAAUGCCCUGAAGAGUCCAAUCUUGGGAUCAAGCCUGCCCCCUGCUGGUAGUGGCGCAGCUGCAAGUCGCUGGGUCGAUCUUGCCGGCCACCAGGUGGCGCUGCUCCAUGAGGCUCAGGCGCAGAGCGUCCUCCAAGGGGAAGACGUGCUCCACGGCGUGCGCGUUGCCACGCUAGGGGUCGCUGUCGAGCUGCGUGGUGUCUUGGAGGACUAUGCCUGCUGUGUAUCAGCGACAAUGCCUCUGCCAGGUUCCAUGUGCAUCCGCCAUGGACCGGUUGAAGUGGGAGCGGAGAGCUGCAGCGGGGGCUGCACGUUGAGCACGGCCUCACACUCCCCUGGUAGUUCUGGGGGACAUGCAGGGUGUGCAGCCAUGACAGGGGCGGCCAGGGAAAGGAAGUGA